AUGAAUGAACAUAUCAAAAGUAUUAAAUAUGAUAAUGUUCAUGAUACCAAGAAAAAUGUCAUAAGAAAUUAUGAUGAUCAUAAUAAUAUUAAAGCAAACUCACAUUCAAAAUUACAGUCAAAAGAUUUAAAUACACAUAAUGAUAACAAACAAAAAUGGAUCAAUUCAAAUAAUACAAAUAAUAAUAUACAAACAAAUAUUCAUGUAAAGUAUUAUGAUAAAUCAGUCAAUAAUAAAACAACCACUCUAAUAGAUAAAGAUAUUAAACAAGAAAAAAAUUAUUCAAAAUGUAGUGGAGUGACUAUCAAUAAAAGUAAUGCAAUGAAGGAUUAUGUGAGGUAUAGUAAAAAGGAAGAUUCGUCAAGUAAUUAUGUGUACAAAUAUAAUAAUAUGAACGGAAAUAAUAUUAUGAACGGCAAUAAUAUUAUGAACGGCAAUAAUAUUAUGAACAGAAAUAAUAUUAUGAAAGACAAUAAUAUUAUGAACGGCAAUAAUAUUAUGAACAGAAAUAAUAUUAUGAACAGAAAUAAUAUUAUGAACAGAAAUAAUAUUAUGAACAGUCAUGUAAUUCACCCCAUUUCGAAUAAAACCACCUUGAUUGAAAACAAUAAAAAAGAAGAAAACAUGUUUCCUUCAUCUGAUUUAUAUAAAAAAGAAAUAAAUGUAAAAGGAGAUAGUGACACGUUUGAUUUAUUAUAUAAGAGAAAGAUAGACAAGGAUGAUAAUUUAAGUAAAAAAAAAAAGAGGCCCAAUUAUUCACUUAAUAAUGAUGAUGAUGAUCAUCAUGAUAAUUUUAUUGUUGUGUGUGAGGAGAUAAAAGAGAAUGGAAAUGAACAAAAUAACAAUAAAAAUAAGAAAAAUGUAAAGGAGGAUGUAUUACACAAUGUUUUGGAUGAACUAAGAAAUAAGGACAAUUUAGUAAGUGACCAUAUAAUUAGCAAAUCAUUUGAAAAAAAUAAUAAUUUGUAUAUUAAAAAGUCAGUCAGUUUAAAUGAAAAUAAUAAUGAGAGAAAGAUAUACACACAAAUAAAUAAAGAAGAAUACAGUAGCACAAAUAAUGAUGAUGGUUCAAUAAAAAAAAAAAACAAUUCAUCAGAAGGUUUAGAUGAACAGAGAAAAAAUUACAACUAUUCUAUAAUAGAACAGAAAGGAUAUAAUUUUAAUAAUAUGGAUUAUGAAUAUUUUAAAGAUGAUACACAUAAGAAUCAAAAUGGAUCUAAUCCUAAUGUCAUUGAACAAAUUGAGGAAUAUAAGAAAUAUGGAAUGAAUAACAAAAUGGAUGAGCCGAAAAUUUAUAAUCAACAUAUAAAUAAUAAUGUUAAUAUGAAUCAAAGAUGUAAUGUGUCUAUAAAUGAAAAUAUAAAGAACAAUAUAUAUUUUGAUGACUAUGAAGAAGGGUGUGAACAAGAAAAAGAUAGAAAUAAAUUAUAUGAUCAUACACAUAAUCAAGAGAAGGGAUAUAAAAAUAAUAUAAAUGAUAUAUUAAGAGAAUAUCAUCCAAAUAAUGAUGAGGUGAAAGAAAAGGAAAAGGAAAAACAAAAAGAUGAUGAAAAAAAAAAUAUACAUGCACGUGAUAAAUUGGUAUCACAUAUUGAUAAUGUUAACUCAAAUAUUAAGAUAAAUUCAUUAUUAGAUCAUAUAGAUAGGAAGAAAAAAACAGGAUACAAAGAAAUUAAUCUUUAUAAAGAAAUAAAAAAUGAAUAUCAAAAAAUGUUAACUGAUGAAAAUUCAAUUAUGAUAGAACAGGUAAAGAAAUAUAAUACACAUCAAGUGAGCAACAAUUUUUGUGAUACCAACGAUAUGUUACAGAAAGAAAAUAAAAUAUUAACAAAUAAUGAUAAAAAAGAAUCUAUAAAUUGUGAUAAAAAAGAGCCUAUAAAUUGUGAUAAAAAGGAACCUUCUUUUUAUGAUAAAAAAGAAACUAUAAAUUAUGUUAAAAAAAAAACAUUUUUAUUAUCUAAAUCUAAAACUUGUACAUCUAAUGUUUUAUCAUCUAAAAUACCAAGUACUCUAUCAAAUAAAAAACUGAAUGCAACUAUAAAAACAAUAAAAAAGGAUGUUACAGAUAAUGAGAAAAAAAUAUAUAUGCAUGAUCAUAGAAAGGAAAAUAUCAUAAAGAGGAACAAGGAGUUUAUUAAUAGUUAUAAAGGAAAGAGAAAUAAUUCAAACGUAGAUAUUGUCUCUGAAGUAUGUAAUAAUAAGAUAAAUGUUAAGGGUGAUAAUAACAAUAUGAUAGUAGAGAAUAAAGAACGUACUGAUAGCUCCUUUAUUUCUAUUCAUCAUAGAAAAAAUAUAACAAGUACUAGUACAGACACGUUUGCAAAAAAUAAAAAACAAAUUAUAUCUCCACAUUUAUAUUCUAAGAAGAAUGAAGAGAAUGAUAAAAAAUGUGAACUAUUAAAAAAUAAUAACGAGAACAUAAAAAAAAAUAUUUAUAAGGAUAAAGAAAAAAUAAGCGAUUUAGAAAGAAAGGUAUUUAUAAAACAAAAUAAUGAUGAAAAAAAAAACACAAGUACUAAAAUAAAUGAUGAUAUGAAUAUUAUAAUAGAUAAACAAAAAAAAAGGGAAUUAAAUAAUAAUCAUAUUGAUUUAAAUAGAAGAAUAAAAAAUGACUCUAAAAUAUUGACGAAUGAAAAGAAUAAUAUAAACAAAAUACAAAAUAAUUUAAUGAUAAAAAAAACAAACAUGCUAACAAAUAAAGGAAUAAAUAGUACUUCCAUUAGUAGUAGCUCUACAAAAAAUUUCAAGGAGGGUGGACUUAUAAAAAAAAAUAAAAAUCUUACAAAUUUGAAAUAUACAUCUAUAAGGAAUAAAAUUAAUGUUGAUAGUAUAAAAUUAAAUGAUAAAGCUGAUUUGUAUGAAGACAAGAAGAAGACAAGUUUUAAUUAUAUAAAUAAGGGUGUAAAAGGAAUGAAUAUGAAAAAAAGAAAUGUUCCAAAUACAAAUAGUAUGGUAGAUACGAAUAAAGAAAAACGGGUUCUCAAUCCAGUCACAUUAAAUAAUAAUUAUCGUAAUAAUUAUAUACAUAUUAAUAAGAAUAAUUGCAAGAAUGAAAAAAUGGUAGGUAUAAAAAAAAUUGAUCCUAAUAAGGAAAAACAAAAAAGUUUUCAUCCAGGAGUGAAAGUAGAAAAAACAUUGAAUCAAAAUUAUAAUUCCAAAGGUUUAACUGAGAAGGGUGGAUUCAAAGAUAUUAUAAAUGAAGAAAUGGAAAAAUAUAAGAAUAAUAAAAUGAAGUAUAAAAUUAAAAGUAAUUCAAUACCACCAAUAAUUAAAAAAAUAGAAACCAGAAACAACAACAAUAAUGAUAAUAAUAAUAAUAAUAUUAAUAUUAAUAGUUGUAAUAAUAAUGGCAAUAGUGGUAACUCUUUAUUUUUAAAAAAGGCAAAAGAUGCUAUUCAUUUAAAAAAUAAUAAUAUUAUUAAGAAUAACAACAUGAUGUUUAGAAAGCAAAGUAAUAGUUGUGAUAAUAAUACAACAUCAAUGAAAAAUAAAAUGAUAAUAAUAAAUAGUAAUUCAGAAAAGGCUAAGUCUAAUAAUUCAGAAAAUAAUAAUGAAAAAAAAGAAAUGUCGUAUUUUGAAUGGCUAGCUAACGAAAAAAAAAAGGAGAUAAUAGAAAAAAAAGGAGAAAUAGAAAACGAUGAAGAUGCAAAAGAUUCCAACAAGAUGGAUGAAGAAUUGGAUGAUGAGGAGACUUUCAUGCUACAACCUUUAUCAUCAUUUAACUUAAGACAAAACGAAAGAAAAUAUGAACAGAGAGAUUUUGUUGUAGAUAAAUAUCCAAUAGGUAAUGGAAGAACAGGAUUGGUAUUUAAAGCAAUAAUAAAAAAGGAAGAAAACAAAAAUGUCGCCCUUAAAGUAAUGGCAAAAGAUACAAUUAUGUCUUUAAAUAUUGAACGACAAGUAUUGAAGGAAAUUAUAAUACAAGCUAGCUUAAAACAUGUAAAUAUAUUAGAACUUAUAGCAUAUUUUGAAGACAAAACAAGACUUUUUUUAAUUCUAGAAUUAGCUAAUGGGGGAUCAGUACGAAAUAAAAUGAAACAAAAGAAACAACCUUUAAAUGAAGAAGAAGUUGCAUUAUAUGUAUAUCAAAUAGCUGAUGCAUUAUCUUAUCUGCAUAGUUUUAAUAUAAUCCAUAGAGAUUUGAAACCUGAUAAUAUUUUAAUUCAUUAUUCUAAUGAAUAUUUAAAUAAUAAAAUUUAUAAAUAUGGAGUAAUCAAGCUAGCCGACUUUGGGUUUUCUUGUCAGCUCAAAAAUAAAAGACAAAAAAGAAGUACAUUCUGUGGCACAAUAGAUUAUAUGCCUCCUGAAAUUAUUAACCAAAUACCUUAUGAUUGUAAUGUCGAUUUGUGGUGUUUGGGAAUAGUUAUAUUUGAGUUGUUAGUUGGAUUCCCUCCAUUUACCGACGAUACACAGGAGAGGAUUUUUGAUCAAAUAAAGGAAUUAAAUUUUCAUUUUCCUAAGUCUGUAUCAUUGUUAGCUCAGGAGUUAAUAUUAAAAUUGUGUAGUAGAACUGCUGAAGAAAGGAUUUCGGCAGAUGAAGUAAAAUCCCAUCCAUGGAUAAAACAAUUCAUAUAA